AUCACAAACGAAAUUCAGAUAAAGAAAGUUUCUAAAGCUAGAACAGGAAGCAUGAUUUUUGAGGGAGAAGCGAUGAUAAAUAUGUCUUCAAAUAAUGAUGAAAUUGAAGAAACCCUAAAUACAGAAACGUUAUCGAUGGAGGGGGCAAAUGUGACAAGAGCAAAAGUGAAGAUGGAAGAAGUUAGAAAAGAAAAUGAGAGAUUAAAAGUCACAUUGUCACAAAUCAUGGAAGAUUACAGUUGUCUUAAAAAGCAGUUCAACGGCAUAACUGACCAAUCCAAGAAAGUAACAAAUCUCGCUUCGAUGGCCGGUUCUGAUGAGGAAUCGGAGCUGGUUUGUUUGAGUCUUGGGAGAUUCUCAGGCCCUAAGGAGGAGAAGAAGAUGAUGAACAAAAGCAAAACCCUAGAAAAUGGAAAUAAACUUGACGGAAUCGAACUAGGGCUCAACUCAUGUCACCCGGACAAUUCGAGAAACAGCUUAGAUGAAUCUAAGGAAGAAGGGAGCAACGACGUCCGAUCAUCCACCAAACAUUCUAGAAUCGGAGAUGAUGAGAUUUUGCAGCACAACAACCCUAUGAAGAAACCUAGGGUUUCUGUAAGAGCUCAAUGCAACACUCAAACGAUGCAUGAUGGAUGUCAAUGGAGGAAAUAUGGACAAAAAAUAGCUAAAGGAAAUCCAUGCCCCCGGGCUUACUACCGUUGCACUGUCUCCCCAACCUGUCCCGUCAGAAAACAGGUGCAAAGAAGUAUAGAUGACAUGAGCAUUCUGAUCACCACCUACGAAGGAGCUCACAACCACCCUCUCCCGCCUUCGGCCGCUGCAAUGGCUUCCGCCACCUCCUCAGCCGCGGCCAUGCUCAGCUGCGGCUCCACCACAAGCACCAGCUGUCUAACCGGAUACAAUUUCAGCACCGCUUCGAAUUUCCCACGAGCCACCAUCUCCUCAUCACAAUCACACCCCACAGUCAUACUCGACCUCACCCCACCAAAUCACCACAGCAACAGAUUAUCAUCAACCCUAUUUUCCAACACUCGCUCUUCCCCAACUUCCCUCAACUUCUCAUCCAAUUUUCCCACCACGAUGGCGCCACCUCAUUCUCACCAUCCCUUUUUCUCCGGCGUCCAAAAGCAAACUGGGAAUGAUCAGAAAAUUGCUGCAGCGAUCGCCCACGAUCCGAGUUUCCAGUCAGCGUUGGCUGCCGCUUUCACGUCAAUUGUUGCGAAGAACAACAAUGUGAAUGGAGCUAGAAGUUCUGGAAUGAAUUUUCAUCAUCUGAAUUUCGCACAGCCGUCGACGACAACGAGUACUGCAAGCGUAGGUUGCGCAGCGAGCUUCAUGAGCAGAUUUGGGCAACCAAUGAAUUCCCAACAGCAUAACUUGACAUUGGCUGCAUCAAAAUCCCGAGCUAUGUCAUUGGCAGAUGAGGGAGAACACCUCAGCUUAUGAGGUUUCCAAGUUCCAUAACUGAAACCCAGAUCCAUUGUUUUAAACACAGUUUACUCUUUUUUCAUUGUUUUCGAGUAGGAAAGAAUUCUCACACACAUAUAUAUAUAUAGUGUAAUUUAAGGAAUGGAUAUCCGAGUAGUAUAAUAUCAUAAUAUUAAUUGCCAA